AUGCUGUCAAGUACGAGUUACUUUCUGGUGUUCAUUCUGAUCAUCCUCUUUUUCGCUGCAAGCAUCCUGCAGACCAACAGACGGCCCGUUCUCUACAACCGGCUAACGUUCAACUACACCGAAGAGAGCACAUCCUGGUACUGCGACGAUGUGUUCUUUAGCGUUAUGAACCGGCACGUCUACAACUACGGGCGUGAGGAAGUCUCCAAUGCCUUUGCGGAAAUGGCUUCAACUCAACCCUCCGCGAACAUUAGCUUCCAUUUGUUCACCCGUCUAAAUCCCACCAUCAGCCAGCGCAUAGUGCCGACGGUGGAGUCCUUAAAUGGCAGCUUUUUCAACGGUUCCCGCCCAACACGGGUGAUCGUACACGGUUUCUGCAACUGCCAACAUUCGGACUUUUGCCAGAACGUGAAGGAUGCUCUGCUGUACGCGAACGACGUCAACAUCCUGACCAUCGACUGGAGCGAUACGGCCGGGUUGCUGGAUUACCUGUUGCUGAGAUUGCGGCUAGAUCAGGUGGCCACUUCGUUGGCGGGUUUUGUCGAUUUUCUGCACAACACGACACAACUCGAUCUGGGUGAUCUGCAUCUGGUUGGCCACAGUUUAGGGGCCCAUUUGGCGGGGUUGACCGGCAAACGAGUGACGACUGGACGGAUUGGUGCGAUUCUGGGUCUCGAUCCGGCAGGGCCGCUGUUUUCGAGCGCGAACCCUGGCACACGGUUGGCCAGCACGGACGCGGAGUACGUGGAGGUCAUUCACACCAACGGUGGCACGCUCGGAAUGUACGAUCCGAUUGGGACGGCAGAUUUUUAUCCGAACGGCGGCAAACACCAGCCAGGCUGCUUACCGUGGAUUUUUGGAAUGUCCUGUUCACAUGGUCGUGCGUGGGAGCUGUAUGCGGAGUCAGCUUACACGCCGGUAGGAUUCAAAGCCGCUCUCUGUGGUAGUGUCCAGCAAAUGGAAGGAAGCAUGUGUCGUAACGAUCUCCCCAAGGUGGAUAUGGGUGGUGAGCCGGUGAAUAAAACUAAGUCUGGAGUAUUCGUUCUGUCCACAAACAGCCGGUUUCCCUAUGCUAAAGGAUGA